AUGGCCGGCUUCUUCAACAAGAUAAAGGGUUCUGGCACUGCCACGACUACCACGCCCAAUAAACAAGAUGCCAUAGCAAAGAAGAAAGAGGAGCCUGUGCUCGACCUCACCCCGCUUGAGAAGAUGCUCCAGAAUGCAGGUCCACUCCGAGACGACGGUGCCGAUCGCUUCUUCGGUCUUGAGAAUUUUGGAAAUACAUGUUACUGCAAUUCGAUUGUCCAGGCUCUGUUUUACUCCGAGUCGUUUCGCAACAAUGUUGUCAACUACCCUUCGAUCUUGUCGUCAGAGACGAAUGGCAGCCGACCAAAAGUUCCUAUCACCAUCAGACCCCCGCCUACCGACCCCGUAGAGACCUUACCCAAGCAAAAGGGCCUCAGCACAUCUCAAGUUAUCAAGCAACGACAAAACAUGAACCACCAAUUACCUGGUCAGGUAGGGAUCCGACCCGAGGACAAACCUGAUACACCCGAAUAUAAGAAGAAACAAGCCAUGAUCAAGGGACCUAUUCUGGAGUUGGCACGAGAAAACGCGAUUUCUCAUGGUAUGGAUGAAUGCACGUUCACCGGACUCAAGGACAUCUUUCUGGCUUUGCUCGAAAGCAACACACACACAGGAGUGCUAAGCCCCCAACGAUUUCUCGAGAUUUUUAAGCGCGACAACGAGAUGUUUCGAAAUUCAAUGCACCAGGACGCUCAUGAAUUCUACGGCUUGGUUUUGAAUGAUGUCAUAAAUAGUGUUGAAAGCGCAGCUCGCCAGAUGCAGUUGCAAGCACCUGCUGACGGUCUGGACGGUCUGGCAACAUCAGUAGGACACGCUCUCGGAUCGGCCAUGGCGAAUCAUGCGGCCGGAGUAAAUUCCCCAGCAACAGGAUGGGUCCAUGACAUCUUUGAAGGUGUCCUCACAUCGGAAACGAAGUGUCUGACUUGCGAAACCGCCUCUCAGCGCGACGAGACAUUUCUUGACUUGUCUAUCGAUCUGGAGGAGCACUCAUCCGUGACAUCUUGUCUACGCAAGUUCUCGGCCGAGGAGAUGCUUUGUGAGAGAAACAAAUUCCACUGCGACCACUGUGGCGGCCUUCAAGAGGCUGAGAAAAGAAUGAAGGUGAAGCGAUUACCCAAAAUUCUAACACUUCACUUGAAGCGAUUCAAGUACACCGAGGACUACAGCCGCUUGCAAAAGCUCUUCCACAGGGUUGUAUAUCCCUACCACCUGCGAAUGUUUAACACAACCGAUAAUGCUGAAGAUCCGGAUCGAUUGUAUGAGUUGUAUGCGGUUGUGGUCCACAUUGGUGGUAAUGCCUACCAUGGUCACUACGUAUCCAUCAUCAAAGUCCCCGGUCGAGGAUGGAUUCUGUUCGAUGACGAGAUGGUCGAACCGGUAGACAAGAACUUUGUCCGCAACUUCUUUGGUGAUAAGCCAGGAAUGGCUACCGCAUAUGUGCUAUUUUAUCAGGAAACGACGUUUGAAAAGGUGCGCGAGGAACAGGAGAAGGAAGGCAUGGAGGAGGUGAAGCUUGCCAGCGAAGCAGCCAACUUGGCACAGGAGAACGGAGACAAGAUCGACACAUCACCACUCAGACGACAAGCAACACAGCCCAUGUCACCUCUCUCACCCCUCUCACACCAGGAAUCCAUGGCGAAUCUUGCGCACGCGAGAACCGCCCCCGUUAUGCCUUCGGCUCCUCAGCCGGAUGCUUCGCCCCCGGCGGCAGCCAUGGCAAAUGGAUUGAAUCGCGUCAGCACACAGAAGGAAGAAGUUAAAUCGAAAGAAGACAAGAAACGAGAGAAGAAAGAACGCGAAGCUGCUGAAAAGGCAGAGAAGCUUGCAGAAAAGGAGCGCGAGAAACAAGUUAAACUUGACGAGAAGAAACGACGAGAAGACCAGUUCAAAGCGAUACAGACACGUCGAAACGAAAACGAUGAGCUUGCCAAGGUCCUCGAAGCCAGCAAGAAGUCGGCGGCACAAGAAGAGGAAGGGAGAAAGAAGGAGAAUGGAACACCCCAGGGCAACGGAAUUCUCGAUCGGACCAAGCGAGGCAGCAAGUCGAUGUCGAGGAAGAGUUUCUCGCUUUUCCAUAAAGACAAGACGGCUGGGCAAGCUCUGGACACUCCCAAUAGCGACUCGAGCGACAAGCACGAGAAGCUCAAAGAUCGCCUUAGCUUCAGUCUGGGCCGCAAGAAGAGUACAAACCUGCUCUCAUAA